AUGUCGCCUUCCUCGUCCUCGUCCUCUUCCUCACCCUCGUCUUCCUCGUCACCCUCUCCGUGGGGCCCGACGCAGAAGGGCACCCCGACGGUGGCUUCGGUUUGCGAGCUACUGAGCUCGAGCCGCGCAAAGAAUAUCGUCGUCCUCGCCGGCGCAGGCAUCAGCACCUCGUCGGGCAUCCCUGAUUUCCGCUCGCCCGAGACUGGCCUGUAUGCCAAUCUGGAAAAGUACAAUCUGCCCUACCCAGAGGCCAUCUUCGACAUCCAAUAUUUCCAACGCAAGCCUGAAGCUUUCUUUGCCCUCUCGAAGGAGCUCUAUCCCGGCAAUUUCCAGCCGACGCUGACCCAUACCUUCCUGACGCUUUUGGACCAAAAGAAGCAACUCUUAAGAGUUUUUACUCAGAACAUCGAUACGCUCGAGAGGCUGGCCGGACUGCCUCCGGACCGCAUCGUUGAGGCGCACGGCUCCUUUGCUACCGCCCGCUGCACCACUUGCCAAGCCCAGGUGGACAGCGCCUGGAUGCGGGAGCAGUGCCUCGGCGGCCACGUUGCCCGCUGCCGAGAGCCGCGGUGCCCCGCUCGCAGAAAGACAGGCGCGGGUGGACUCGUCAAGCCCGACAUUGUCUUUUUCGGCGAGGGCCUUCCCAAGCGCUUCUUUGACCGCCUGGGCGAUCUGAAAAAGGCCGACCUGCUCCUCGUCAUGGGCACCUCGCUACAGGUGCAGCCGUUUGCAAGCCUCGUCGACCGCGUCGCGCCAGACUGUCCCCGCGUCCUGCUCAACCUCGAGCGCGUCGGCGAGAUUGCCGGCCUUGCGGCAGGCGGCGGCCAUCCCAGCCUGCUCAACGAGACCGGAUUCGACUUUGAGGGGUGGACGCUGCCCAGGGCGCACCAGCACGAAAAGGAGAGGAUCCGGGAUUUGUUCAUGGAGCGCAAGACGGACCAGGGCGUCCAGAUGCUGGCCGAGGGGGCGGGGUGGGGCGAGGAGCUCAGCCGUCUGCACCGGGAAAUGAUCGAGAAGCUCGCACCCGAUGAGCACGACGAGCGGGCCACGGCAAGCCAGAGCUCGGACAAGGCUGCCGCCCAGGGCGACGAGAAGCUCGAAAAAGCAAGGGAAAAGGCAGACGAUGUGGCAAGGGAGGUUGCAGACGAGAUCAAGGGGGAGACGCCAGAGGACGAUCUGGCAAAGGCCCUUGGCAAACUCGACGUGCACGGGGGAGAUGACAGAGACCCAGACAAGAAGGGAGCUUCCCUCUAG